CUGGGCUUGGCCCACAAGUCUGGCACUGCCUAUGAUAGGGCCCAGCAUAAAUAGAGCCCCACAAUACACCAUUAUUCCCAAGCCCAGCUGAGAGGGAGAACAAAGCACGAGAAACCCAAAAUGAAGUUCCAGGUCGCAGCUGCUUUCCUCGGCCUCUGCCUGCUGUCUCUGCGCAGCACCCAGGCUGCACCUGCGGUAAGAAUGAACAAGGCAAAAUCCUGAACCCAGGUGGUGCCCAGGGAGGGGGGGGGUCAGUGUGUAUGCAUAGAUUGCUCAAACUUCCCGAUGAAUCUGUAGAAAUCAGGGCUGUGUUUCACAGUGUUGGCAUUUGCUAAUGUUGUGCUUUGGGGCACAGGAGCCAAUAAAAAAUAUCGGGCAACUCUAAAAUGCAGUUACUGAAGUAGUACAUUUCACGAAUGACCAUCCCAAUUUGCUAUUUCUGUACUUGUGAAUUCACUCUUCUUCUUCCAAGGGUUACAGUGCAAUGCUCUACCUAAUCUUCAUAUUUAUCAUAUUCUAAAAAGAAGAACCUGAAACUCUUCUACAUAGCCCUGGAAGCACAAAGCUAAGUGCUGGCUGCUCCUGGGCUCUCCACUGUGAUGGAGUUUUGUGUGCCCCCCCCGACCCCUCUCAAAAUUUGUCUUGUAGGUUUCCUCCUCGAGAUACUGUGAGGUGUUUAUGGCCUCCUAAGACACACAACCCCUUCAUGGAUCACUGCCUUGUCAUGGCGAAGGGGCUUGAAUAACUCAGAGAAGCUAUGAGCUAUGCCGUGCAGGGCCACCCAAGACGGACAGGUCAUAGCCGAGAGUUUAGACUAAAUGUGAUCCAUCUGGAGAAGGAACUGGCAAUCUACUCCAGUAUUUUGCCAAGAAAACUCCAUAGACAUAAAAAAGGAGAAGCUCUGAGAAGAAAACGAGAGUUUCCAAGGCAUGCUCUGAUUCAUGGGGUCACGGAGAGUCGAACACGACUAAGACGACAAAACAACAACAAAGACUUACACACCUCAUUUCCCACUUAAAGAUAAAGCAAUAGAUCACAAUGCAUUUUUCUGAAAGCACUUCUAAGAUUUUUCAUUUCCUCACUGCAUUUGGAAUGCCUUUUUGCAGAGUUCACCCAAAUGUCAUUUUUUUGAGUGGCACACACCAUUCUCCCCCUGCUUCCAUUGGCUGGCAAUGCUGCCUGGUCAGGGAUACUUUGGAAGAUGCAAAGGCAGCUGCUGUUAGCGGCACAUGCGGAAGGAAGGAAAGAAGGAAAGAAGGAAGGAAGGAAGGAAGAAGAGACAUUUUGUUAUUGGCACUGCUGCCUCACUUUUGAGAAACUGGUGGAGAAUUUUCCCUUUCUUGGAAGAAAUUUAAUGAAACAGUCCCCAAGAGGGCAAAGCACUUCAAUAGGUCACUUCUGCAGCAUCUCACCCCAUGUAUGAAAGGAGGCAGGGAUGAGUUCGCUGGCCAGCAUAUUACAACUGGAGGUCAUGAUACUAUUUAUCUUCCUCUUGAACAAGUGGCCAUGAAUUGGCUUGUUCUUAGUGUGUCUAGUUUGCUCCUUUGCUUUGCUGAGGCCUCACAUCCCUUAUGGAGUGCAAAUUUGGCAUCUGGAGCUUUCCUUGACUUGAGAGUAAAAAUCACCGGAGCAAACUUUACUUGUUGAAAUUCCGCAUGCCUGGCAGACCACUAACUGCAAAGGGUAUGGGAUCUCCACCAGGAUCACCGUAGCCUUCUGUGAGCCCUCACUUCUUCUCUGUUUCCCUUGCUUGGUGUUUGCUUCCCCUGCACCCCUACAACCACAAACACUUCUCUGCCUUUAGGUCCACGUGCAAAUCUUGCCCAAACUUUCAUCCAAGACCCCAAUGCAGUCAAUGCUGCUUUAGGGAGAUGCUACAAUCCUCCACCUAACAGAAUGCUCAUUCUGUUCCCUUACAGAAUGGAGGCAGCUUUGAUGGCAACAAUGUAGGAUCUGGCAGCUUCAACAACAAUGGAGUAAGUACCCCAGGACUCCUCUGUGUUUAUCAGUAUUCCCCUUUCCACUAUAUGUAUAAAAAUAUUUUAAAGAAAUGCUAGCAAACAUUUCCACUGAAAUGUUUCCUUUUGUUAGGUACCCUGCAAAUUGCUAUAUAUACCAUAUAUAUAUAUAUAAAAUAAAAAAUAAAGGAUGCAUUUGCUUAAUAUAAGGAUGCAUUUCCACUCAAGCUUAGAUCUCCAUUCAUACUAGUCCUUCCAUUGUGCUCUAGCAUGUUGUUCCAACUCAGGGAGGGACUUCAGCUCACUGCUUGGUGCUUUGCAUGCAGAAGGUCCCAAAGUCAAUCCCUGGCAUCUCCAGGUAGAACUUGGAAGCUCUCCAGCCUCAAACCCUUGAGAGAUGCAACCAGUCAGUGCACAAAAUGCACUGCGUGGGUGGAUGAUCGGGAAGGAUGUGUGCAUGUCAAGAAACUAAGCUCGUGUAGCAAAGUAAACAAAACAAAAACUCCACAUAUUUAUUUCUAUGCUCACUUUUGUCUCUGGCCCCGCCCACCACUUGCACUUGGCCCCUGGAUGGUUGUCCAGAAUGGAAUGUGGCCCUCAAGGUGAAAGUGUAUUCCAGUCCCAGUGUAGACAGUAUUGAGCUAGAUAGACCAAUGUUGGGACUCAAUGUAAGGCAGCUGUCUAUCUAUGUAGAAUGGAUAGAUCAGAUAGCAGUUUUGAUGUCUGAGAGACGGAACUUGUAAUCUGGUGAAAUGUGCACUCUCCCAAUUAUAAAUCUGGUGGAUGUUCUUAAUUUCUGGUUUUUCUUUUUCUAUGUUUCAGAACGAUUAUGAGGGCUUAGGAGGAGUAAGUAUCAGCAAGGGUAUAUACAUGAUCCAUCUCAUGUAGCAUUUCCCUAAAACAAAGCUGGAGAACCGGUGGGGCUCCAGGUAUUGUUGGACUACAAUUCCCAUCAGCCUUGACCACUGGCUAUGCUGAGCUAGGGCUGGUGGGAGUUGGGGUCUACCAGCCUAUGCCCCCAUCCUGCACUCAAAUGUUAUCAGCAGCACCUGCUCAUUGAAUUCUAAAAAAAAUUCAAAACCCCAAUGACAGUUCAAGUAGCAACUGAACAGAGAAAUGUUGGCUGUUCCUUUGGAUUACUCAAGCCCUCUAGAAAUCAAAAAUACAUCAAAAUUUGGGCAACGGUUGGCGAGUACCCACUGCGCUGGGUUGGGAUCCAUAUGGAGAGUUGAGGUGAAUGUAGGGAUAGGAGAGAAAUAUUAUUCCAUUGCGUGGACAGGCGGAGUCCCCAGAUCCCGCGUGGUCCCCCCAUCAUGUGGAAUAACGACUCAUGACAACGUGCUAUGGGAUUAAAUUGGCCACAACUUUAUUAAAUUUCAAAUGUGGGUAGACCUUGGCUCAGGCAUUGGGCGUUCUCCCUCCCCAGUCCCCAGCCGGGGACCUAGGGAGCUUCAGGGUUAUCCACUGUGUGUGGGGGGGAUGGGCCGGCUCUGGAGAACAUAUGUUCAAGCAGAGAUAGCCGCCCCCGUUACGCCGCUGCCGCCGCAGGGGAGAGCAAUGACGACCUUUCGGCGUACGGUCAAAGCCUCCCUUCAGAAACCCCUUUAACGGGGAACCCUGGUAUCGCCGCCACAAAGAGGAAGAUGGACUAAAGGAUUCCGGCCAAGGCCUGAUACCGCCAAAGUUGUGACGUUUUGCUACGGGAAAGGCGAAACCUGCCAAUGCAGGGAAAUUCCUUUCCGGCCCUUUAACAGCGACCUUAACGUAGCAGCGCCCGCAUACCUGCAAAGAAAAGUUAACCUGCAAAACCUGUGAAGAAAAGUUAACCUGCAAAUAAGACAUUAACUGAGGGUGGGUAGGGUGGGAGAAGCUCUGGAGCCAAGUGAGGAUUCCCAGGUAAGAUCCUCCCUCUAUUGUGUGGGCAGGUAAUCCCUCCCCUACCUGGCCUGGUCUCCUUGGCAACGCUUCCCCCCAGGUGGGAUUGGACAGCUGACUGAGGUAGGCGGAGACCUCCAGGUAUCCCACCUGAGGGAAGGCAAACCAAGCCUAUGCUGUUGGAGCCGCUCCAGAUCUAGGGGCUGCGCGCGUCCACGCAAAGGGCGCCCCCUGUUUUAAGUGGGGAGCGGUCAUUCUCAUUUAAAGGUAAACCUACCUAAUCCAUACUUUCCUAAACACUAUGUAGUCCAAAACACAGCCAUCCUUCAAAAUUCUUCAAAUUUUCUUUCUUUCAUUUCUCCAAAAUUUGCAGUGCAAAAAACCACAUGCCAGUGUCAGCUGUGCAUAUACAUGCAUAUUUUAGUUAAAGUAGCAUAUGCAAAUCAUUCUGCUACAGAACAUCCCCCCCCCCCCCGAAAUAUCUGUAAGGCAAAACUGUGUGCAAUGAUUCAGAGAAAAAAACACCAAAACGCCGAUUGAUUCUCAUGAGAGCUGCUGUUGGCUUUUAAAAUGCAGAUUAAUCUGGAAGAAUGGGGAACUGAAUUUAAGAAAGCAAGAGAAACCAAACUUGACAGAGGUUGGCUUUAAAGGGGGAUUAAACAAAUUGAGGGAGGAAAAGACUAUCUGGAGCUAAUAGCCAUGAAAGGGUUACUCUUGCUGCCCAGACUUCCAUCCCAGACCCGGAUCCAGUCAUUGCUGUUUUAGGAAAGGGCUUGUCUUUCCAGCCCUCCACCUAACAGAAUGCUCUCUUCUUGCAGAAUGCACACAGUUUUGAUGGCAACAACGCAGGAUCUGGCAGCUUCAACAACAAUGGAGUAAGUCAUAGAAUUCCUAUGUGUUUUCUGCUGAUCCAUAUUUCCUCAGCCAAAUAAUGGUCUUUAAAAAAAAAUAAGGUAGCAAACAUCGCCACUGAUUGUGCUUCCUUUGGUAACUUGCAGAUGACUUUUUUUUAAAGAUGCAUUGGCUUAAUAAAAAGAUGCAUUUCCACCCAAGCUUAGAUCUCCAUUCAUGCUAGUCCUUUGUAGCAUGUUGGCCCAACUCAGGGAGGGACCAUGGCUUAAUGUUUAGUGCAUCCACUUUGCGUGCAGAAGAUCCCAGGGACAAUCCCAGGGAUAUUCAGGGAGGGCUUGGAAUGUGCUCUGUAUGAAACCUUGGAGAGCCACAACCAAUUAGGGUCCAAUAUACACUUCCUGGAUGGAAGAUAAAGGGCUGGUGAAUGUGAAUAGAUUAACACAAUAAUAAAGUAAAAUGCACAUUUAUUGCUCUGCCCACUUUUGUUUCUGGCUGUGUCCACCACUGGCUUUUGUCCCCUGGAAAGUUGCCCUGAAAGGAAUGUAACCUGUUGUAAAUAGGGUAUCUGGGGAUGCUCUUAAUUUAUUAAUUUUCUCCCGUUUUCUGUUGCAGAACGAGUUUUGGGUGUAUGGAGGAGUAAGUAUCAGCAAGCAUAUGCAUGAUCCAUCUAGCCUUGCCCUAAAACAGAGAUGGAAAACCUGUGGGCAUCCAGAUAUCAUUGGACGGCAGCUCCCGUCAUUCUGGACCCAGGGAUCAUGGGAGCUGGAGUCCUUAAGCAUCUGGAAGGCCACAGGUUGCCCACCCCUAAGUUAAAGCAACCCUAAUCCUACAGAUCAGCUGGUGGUUAGAACACGAAAAGACCCUGUAUUGACUCAAAAGUGUUCAGCGCUGGGUGCACCCAAAGUGAUUGAAACUGAAGCCAAAGAAGAUAUUUGCUUAAGUUAGCAUUGCUGUUCAGUGGCUACUACGCAUUCCACUUGUUAGGUGGGUGUGGACUCUGAUGAGAAACAGUUUAACAGAACAUAGAUAGAAAACCUGAGGUUUUCAGGUAUCCAUGGGUCCUUGCUCUCAGCUUCUUAUCUGCUUCCCUUGCUAACUGCUUGACACACACACACACACACACACAGAGAGAGAGAGAGAGAGAGAGAGAGAAGAUGGGGGACUUUUCUACCUUUGGGUCCACAUCCAAAUCCUGUCCAGAGUUCCAUCCCUGAUCUGAUCCAGUUAUUGCUGUUUUAAGAAGGGGCUCCUCUUUCCAGUCCUCCACCUAACAUUAUGCUCAUUUUGUUCUCUUGCAGAAUGGAGGCAGCUUUGAUGGCAACAACGCAGGAUCUGGCAGCUUCAACAACAACGGAGUAAGUCCCCUCUGUCUUUUGUGAUGAUCCAUAUUCCCCUUUCCUCAAAUAAUGGUCUCAUUUUAAACAAUGGUAGCAAACAUUCCCACUGAUUAUACUUCCUUCUCUUUGGUACCCUAUUAUUUUUUAAAAAAUAAAAGGAUACAUGGGUUUAAUAAAAGGAUGCAUUUCCACCCAAGCUUAGAUCUCCAUUCAUACCAGUCCUUCUACAGUGUUGCCCCAACUCAGGGAGGGACCAUGGAUUUAUGGUUAGUGCAUCUGCCUUGCAUGCAGAAGGUGCCAGGACAAUUGCUGACAUCUCCAGGGAGGCCUUGAAAUGUGCCCUGUAUGAAACCUUGGAGAACCACAACCAAUUAGGGCACAAUAUGCACUGCUUGGAGGAUGGAUAUACAAGGUUGUAUGAAUAUGAAGAAAAUAUAUUAUAGUAAUAAGGUAAAAUGCACAGCCAUUGCUCUGUCCACCUUUGUUCCUGGCUGUGUCCACCACUGGCUUUUGUUACCUGGAAGGUUGCCCAGAAAGGAAUGUAGCUGUUGGUUUGAAGAAGGUUCCCUGCCCUGUUGCAGACAAUAUGGAGCUGGAUGCACUAAUCUGACUUGACACAGGACAGGGCUGCUUCCAUAGAACCAAAGAAGUAAAAUGGGUAGAUUGCAUAAUAGCAUUGCAGUAAGAGAGCUAUAACUUUUAGUCCAGUGAAAUGUCUUCUCUGCUUGUUAUAAAUUAGGUAUCUGGGGAUGCUCUUAAUUUAUGACUUUUCUCCCCUGUUUUCUGUUGCAGAACCAGUAUGGGGGGAAUGGAGGAGUAAGUAUCAGCAAGCAUGUGCAUGAUCCAUCUAGCCUAGCAUUGCCUUAAAACCAAGAUAGAAAACCUGUGAGCAUCCAGAUUUCAUUGGACAGUGGCACCCAUCAUUCCGGACCCAGGGAUCAUGGGAGCUGGAGUCCUUCAGCAUCUGGAAGGCCACAGAUUCCCCACCCCUAAGUUAAAGCAACCCUAAUCCUAUAGAUCAGCUGGUGGUUAGAACAUGAAAAGACCCUGUAAUGAUUCAAUAGUGUCAGUGCUGGGUGCACCCAAAGUGAUUGAAACUGAAGCCAAAGAAGAUAUUUGCUUAAGUUAGCAUUGCUGUUCAGUGGCUACUACCCAUUCCACUUGUUAGGUGGGUGUGGAUUCUGAUGAGAAACAGUUUCAGAGAAUGUAGAUGCCCUCAGCCUCUUCACACACACACACACACACACACACACACACACAGAGAGAGAGAGAGAGAGAGAGAGAGAGAAGGUGGGUGGGGAGCUUUUCUACGUUUGGGUUCACAUCCAAAUCCUUCCAAGCAUUCUAUCCCUGACUCUGAUCCAGUUAAUGCUGUUUUAAGAAGGGGCAGCUGUUUCCAGUCCUCCACCUAACAUUAUGCUCAUUCUGUUCCCUUGCAGAAUGCAGGCAGCUUUGAUGGCAACAACGUAGGAUCUGACAGCUUCAACAACAACGGAGUAAGUCCCCUAGAAUUCCUCUGUCCUUUGUGAUGAUCCAUAUUCCCCUUUCCUCAAAUAUUGGCCUCUUUUUUAAAAAUGGUAGCAAACAUUCUCACUAAUUAUGCUUCAUUCUCUUUGGUAACAUGCAGAUUAUUAUUAUUUAAAUACAUUAAUUAAAAAUAAAUAAUGCCUUGGCUUAAUAAAAGGAUGCAUUUCUACCCAAGCUUAGAUCUCCAUUAAUGCUAGUCCUUCUACAGUGUUGAAGCACGUUGUCCCAACUCAGGAAGGGACCAUGGCUUUAUGCUUAGUGCACCUGCCUUGCAUGCAGCAAGUGCCAGGGACAAUUGCUGGCAUCUCCAGGAAGAGCUUGGAAUAUGCUGUUUAUGCUUCUGCUGCUUGGAGAACCACAUCCAAUUAGGGCACAGCAUCCAUUGUCUGGGUGGUAGGUAGAGGAGAUUGUGUGAAUAUGAAGAAACUACUUUGCAGUAGUAAGGUAGAUUUCACACUUAUCGCUCUGCCCACUUUGUCUCCUGGAAGGUUGCCCAGAAAGGAAGGUGUCUCUUCAGUUGAAAAUAUUGAGCUAAAUUGACCAAUGGUUUGAGUUGAUAUAAAAAUAAUAAUUUAUUUAGAUUUGUAUAACAUCCUUCAUCUGAAGAUCAUAAGAUGGCUCACAACAUAAAAACACAAAAUGGGAACAUAAAAUGCAUUAUAAAACAAAAUUAGAGAUUGAAUCUCUAUAGACUACAGCAACUCCCCCUCCCCGACCCUCCAGUCUGCCCUGAUGCUGCGCCAAGUACCUAGGUGGGCACAGCUGGGUGAGACCAACUCCAUCUACUUACCCACCCACGUCUCAGUGAUGCAGACCAGGUCCUCUUCUUCAUCUACAAUCAGAUUGUGGAUGAGGGAGGUCUGAUUCAAAGCUGAUCUGUCAUUCAACAGCAUCAGCCACAGACCCUAGAUAAUAGGACAACCACAGUUCUCCAGGCUGGAGGAAGGGCUGCCAGAUAGCACCGCCACUAACUGCCUGUUCUGUUUGCCUGGCAGCUUCCUGUGUAUAAUGGAUAGAUCAUAUCAUAGAUUCUCAGUGAUAGAGCUAUUGCUUUUAAUCUAGUGGAAUAUGUACCCUGCUAAUUAAAGAUUGGGUAUCUGAGGGGUGUUCUCAAUUUCUGUUUUUUCCUGUUUUCUGUUGCAGAACCAGUUCUGGGCAUAUGGAGGAGUAAGUAUCAGCAAGGGUAGACAUGAUCCGUCUAGUCUAGCAUUGCUCUAAAACAGAGAUGGAGAACCAGUGGGCAUCCCGAUAAUUGUUGGACAGUAACUCCCCUCAUUCCUGACCGCUGGCUGUGAUGACCCAGGGAUGUUGGGAGGUGGAGUCACCCAGGAUCUGAAGAGUCACAGGUUCCCCAACCCUGGGUUAAAGCAACCCUAAACUUAUAGAAGAUUUUUUUUUUGAGGGGGGACUGUAUAGCAUGUCAAUAGUGUGAAGUACUGGGUACACCCAAAUUGAUUGAAACUGAAUCAAAAGAAGAUGUUUGCUUAAAUUAGCAUUGAUGGCUGGGGACUGCUACUUCCUCCACUUGUCUGGUGGGCCAUGUACUCUGGAGAGAAAGAUUUUAGCAAAGAGGAAUGCAGAUGGAAAACUUGAGCUGUGCAUCUGUCUAGGAAGCUACAAGAAUGUGCCUUUUUGCCUCUGAAGGAACUCCCCCUGCUUUAAACACUGCCCUGGCACUUCCCCCCCCCUUUUGGCCUGUGUUCAUUCUUGCAGGCAGGUUCCAGGUUGAGGUGUCCCUGGCAAGGUGGCCUCCUCCUACAGUAGAGGACACCCUGGCUGCCCUUUUCAAAUUCCUCGCACCGUGCUCCAAAGCAAAGCUAUGCCAGCACUUUGCAGCAAAUUGAAACAGUGGGCAGUUCCCAGUCACAGCCAUCCACUGUGGGGAGCCUGGUUCCAAUAUUGGUGACAGGUGCAGGCACCUCCUGCACCUCCUUGCUGAACUUGUAUAAUUCUAGGUAUUACCAAUUAUAAUGCUCUCUCAAAGGAAACUGACCCCGUAAAGCUCCCUGCCAUGAGAGAACUGCAGAUCACUAAUAUAUCCCCUUGCAUUCUGUUUAUAGAACAGUGGAAGUUUUGAUAACAACAAUGCUGGUGACAACAGCUUCAACAACAAUGGAGUAAGUACCAGAGAUAGGCCAACUUGACCAUCUUGCUUGUACAUUCGCUUGUCACACCAGUUCUUCUCUUGGGCUAGCAAUUGGCUGCUUAAGACAGCCAAGCUUUGGGAUCAUCUUACACAGGGGCGGCCCCCUCUUGCCUUCCCAAUGUUGCUGGACGACAGCUCUCAUAAUCCCUGAUCGUUAUCCAUGUUGGCUGGUACUGAUGGGAGUUGGAAUCCAACAACAUAAGGGCCUUAAUCCCGCCCUAGCAUUUGAAAUCCCCUUGGGGAAUACUUUAUACAGUGGUGCCCCGCAAGACGAAUGCCUCGCAAGACGAAAAACCCGCUAGACGAAAGGGUUUUCCGUUUUUCGAUGCGCUUCGCAAGACGAAUUUCCCUAUGGGCUUGCUUCGCAAAACGAAAAAGUCUUGCGAGUCUUGCGAUUUUUUUCGCUUUCCCCCCCUUUUCUAAGCCGCUAAGCCGCUAAUAGCCUUUUAGCCGCUAAGCAGCUAAGCCUUUAAUAGCCGCUAAACCGCUAAUAGCGCUAAUCCGCUAAGCCACUAAUAGGGUUGCUUCGCAAGAUGGAAAAACCGCUAGACGAAGAGACUCACGGAACGGAUUAAUUUCGUCUUGCGAGGCACCACUGUAGAGUCAUUUGCCUUCUCUAUAAUCAAACACACAUACCUCAGCCUGCAACAAAAUAUUUCAUAGUAUCUCUUGGAUGAUCUCUGACAUUACCAGCUAGACAGCCCCCCCCCCCAAAGAAAAUGUUGACAGCAAGCCUGGGCAUUUCCAAGAGAGCAAUGAGACUGAAUGGUUGUGAAGCAGCAGUUCUGUAGGGAUGGAACAAACAGAAGAUCCCACUGUCUAGUUACAUGAAUCCAUGCACCCAUGGAUUCUCUCUCUUCCAGAAUUAUUCUGCCACACAUGAAUUAAGGUUUCUAUAACAAUUCAAAACAUAACACUCCCUUGUGGAGCCUGGCAGCGCUCUUCUUUUGAUAUUCCCUUUCAAAUGCUCUCAGUUACAUCAGAUCACUAUCUGUUCAAAUGUCAAGCCUGUUUGUUCUUUUACAAAAAGAAGCAGCAGCAAUUUUGACAGGCAGUCCCCAGAGUCCCACAGCCCAGCCAUGUAGCAUAACCACCAAAGCAAGAUCUCAUGUAUCACAUGGGUGCCUAUCUUUUUACCCUGAGUACUUUCUAAGUAUUACCUUUCUACCCAAGCAUUUCCCAAGUACUCCAUUUCUACUCUUUGUACUUUAUUCUCCAUGCUGGGCAUAAAGGGUAACACUGAAUGGCGUCUCUUUAUGCCAUAUUCCAAAAAAUCUUGCGAGUGAGAGGAACUAGAUCAGAGGUGAGGAACCUGUGGCCCUCUAGGUAUUGUUAAAAUCCAACCCCCAUCAGGCCCAGCCAGCAUGGCCAGUAUCCAGGGAAGAUGAGAUUUGCAGUCCACCAACAUCUGGAGGACCAGAGGUUUCUCCUCCCAGGUCUAGAUCUUUUUUUAUGGAUGGUAUCUGGAAAAGAACCCUCAAAGUGAUUCCCCCCCCGCCUAACUGCAAAUGCAUACCUGAACAUGCCGCCUAAGAGUCUGUAACUACAUAUUGAAAAACCACAAAUUUGGAUUAGUAGAUGAAUGAUCUGUCAAUGUUUUGCCUUGCAGAAUAAUAAUGAUGACCCCAUUGUUUGGGUGAGUAUUAGUAAUGCUGAAUCUCUCCAUUAGGAAUAGGGUUUGAUGGCAUGGCUGUGUCAUUUUGUUGCCACAGUAUCACUGGAAGCAUACAGGGUUGCCUUUGCAUAAACAGGAGAAAUGGAUGCAUCAUGCCACCCAAGCAGAGUGUUAUGUAUUAUAAGAAUGUAAGAGUUGCCUUGGUGAAAUAGGUCGAGAAAUAGGCUAGGUCCAUCUAGCCUAGCAUUUUGUUUCCAGUGGUGACUGGGGAGUUAACAGUGAAAUAGGGAUGUAAGGGAUGCUUGUCAAGCCAAGCUCCCAUCUAGUCUGGCAUUUUCAGCCUAAUAAGGGAACAAACAGAGGAUGCUGACUUAUACCAAGUCAGAUACAUUGGCCCACCUACCUCCCUAUUGUCUACAUUGACUGGCAGUGGGUUUCAGAAAAGGAGGUUUUCCCCAGUCAUAUAUGGAGAUGCAAGGGUUUGAACAUGAGAUCUUCAUGCAAAGCCGAUGGCCUACUAAGCAAUGGCUGUUCCUUGGAAAGCUUAUUGUGGGGAAAAUUGGAGGAAAGGCAGCCACAUAUCUAAGUCUGUCUAAGCACUUUGAGCCCACCUUGAGAGUGGGGUAAGAGUCUAGUAGCUAGCUAGAAAGACACAUACCUUCUCCAAAUAUUCAGGAAAAUGUAUGAGCUACAGAUUAGUACCCUGAUUUCAUAAUAUGGUGGUUUUACUGAAAGAAAUACCUUUUUGUACCUGUGACAGACAUCUGUCAUAUGCUGUAGCGCCCAGUGGAAUGUGAGAUGAGGAGAUUUAGAGAGAAAGACAUAUUGGGGAGAGCUGCCCUAUGGGUCUCUCUUGGCAUUUGAAUUCUAAUGGGUGUUCCUUUUCUUCUUUUGCAGUAUUAGACACCCAGGAAACCACUGCAACACAGUGCCUUCUGCCCCUUUUGUUUCGUAAAUGAUUCUCUCUUGUGGGAUCUUUCCUUGCUGCUGAACAACCGAAACCUUUUAUUGCAAAUAAAGAACCUUGGCGUCACUUGUUGAUCAAUAAAUUUGUUUGAGUGUUCAGUU